AUGUCGGGUAAAGAGGUCUGCUUUAGUAGAAUUGGAUGUUUCACAGAUGAUUCUCCUUGGGCAGGAACAAUGUCUAGGCCAAUACGCCAACGGCCAUGGUCUCCAGAACAGAUUAACACUCACAUUUUGCUGUAUACCAAAGAAAACCCUAAUGAUUUCCAAGUGUUCAACACUUCAGAUCCAGUAUCGAUUUCUGCAUCUGGUUUUAAGUCCUUUAAAUUAUCCAGAUUUAUUGUCCAUGGGUUUUUAAGUUCCGGUGAAGAGGACUGGUUGAGUAAUAUGUGUAAGGCAAUGUUACAAGUGGAGGAUGUGAAUUGUUUCUGUGUUGACUGGAGAAGUGGAUCCCGGGCCCUAUAUAGCCAGGCAGCCAAUAAUGUUCGAGUUGUGGGAGCAGAAGUGGCCUAUUUUAUCAAGACGCUGAUGGAUGCGUUUCGAUACUCUCCAUCUAAUAUACACAUCAUCGGUCACAGUUUGGGCGCUCACGUAGCUGGAGAAGUUGGUAAACGAAGACCAGGAAUCGCAAGAAUAACUGGUUUGGAUCCAGCAGAACCCUAUUUCCAGAGAACACCAAUUGAGGUCAGAUUGGAUCCAUCAGAUGCUGAUUUUGUUGAUGUCAUCCAUACAGAUGGUUCUUCAAUAAUUUCCAGACUUGGUUUUAAUGGUUAUGGAAUGAGCCAGUCAGUUGGUCACAUGGACUUCUAUCCCAAUGGAGGAAAGGAGAUGCCAGGAUGUGGAAAGAAAGGAAAUGUUUUACAUAACCUCAACGCCCUGUGGCAAGAAAAUGACAACAUUAUUUCAUGCAAUCACCUGCGAAGCUACAAGUAUUAUAUGGAAAGUAUCCUCAAUAAAGAUGGAUUCAUUGGAUUUCCUGCAGAUUCAUAUGAGGCUUUUACUCUGGGUGCUGGAUUCCCAUGUCCCAGUGGUGGGUGUCCUUUAAUGGGCCAUUACGCUGAUGAAUAUAAGGCAACUCAAUUAACUCAUCAAAAGUUUUACUUGAACACUGGGAGCUCAAAGAACUUUUCACGUUGGAGAUACAAAGUCACCAUUGAGGUUACUAUAACUUGGUCUAUGCUUGGACAUUUUGAGGUUUCUCUGUAUGGGAUUCAUGGAAACACUGAGAAAUAUCAGAUUUACAGUGGAUUUGUGAAGACUGACAAUUACUCAACUUACAUAGAUGUGGAGAAGGAUGUUGGACCCCUCACUAAAGUGAUGUUUUUCUGGGAUAAGAAAGUGAUUAGCAUCGUUCCAUCCUUACUGACAGCAGAGACAGUGACUGUUCAAUAUGGAAAAGAUGGGAAGAUGGAUAAAUUCUGCGGCAACAAUAACGCAAAAGAAAGAGUGCAGACCCUCCAGCUAUGUUGUUGA